UGGCGGUUGCUAGGCGGCGGUUGCCAGGCUACGGCGGCGGCUGUAGCCGGGCCGGGCCGAUGGCGGACGUGGAGCCCGAGGAACUGGUCGGCACCUUCCCCAGCCUUAUGGCCGAGGGCGCGCUGCUCAGCCGGCGCGGGGAGCACAGCAAGGCGCUGCUCUGCUUCACUAACGCUCUGCAGCUUCAAAAAGGGGAUAAGCACUGUCUGGUUGCUCGCUCAAAAUGUUACCUGAAGCUGGGGGACACAGAAAAUUCCCUGAAAGAUGCAGAAGCCUCUCUUCAAAAUGACAAAACAUUUUCCAAGGGACUGUACCAAAAAGCUGAGACCCUCUACACUAUGGGUGACUUCGAAUUUGCAUUAGUGUUUUAUCACCGGGGCCAUAAACUACGUCCAGAACUACAGAAAUUCAGAUUAGGGAUCCAAAAAGCUCAGGAAGCGAUUGACAACUGCGUUGGAAGUCCUUCCUCAGUUAAACUGGAGAAUAAAGGGGACCUCUGCUUUUUAAGCAGGCAGGCAGAGAGCAAGAAAAUGAAACAAAAACUUCCAGUCAACCUUGCAAGAAAGGAUCAAAAGCGGCUGAAUAAACAGGAGCCUGUUAGGAACAUAAAGGCUGAACGGCAGCUCCUUGGAGAGCUGUAUGCGGACAAGGCCUAUCUAGAGAAGCUGCUCAAAGAUGAAGACUUGAUCAGAAGCAACACAAAGCAGGGGAUGACAGUGGAGGAUCUAAUUUUGGGAGGCAUUAAGUACCUGGACACCCGGACUGAGUUCUGGCAGCAGCAGAAGCCCAUCUAUGCCCGGGUGAGAGACCGCAAGCUCAGGCAGCAGAGGUGGAUCCGAGACAAAAAGCGCAAACCAUCUGAGGUUGCCAGAUACAUUGUGAAGAGCAUGGAGGAUAUUGACAUGUUGUUGACCAGUGGCUGCCCUGAAGGAAGCUGUAAGAAAGCAGAACAUGUGCUAAAAACAAUUAAAGGUUGGGCUGAUGUCGAAGUUCCCAACAAGAACGAACUGAUUGGAAACCUCUACAGCUGCAUUGGGAAUGCUCAGAUAGAUAUGGGACAAAUGGGGGCAGCACUUCAGAGCCAUAAGAUGGAUUUGGAGAUUGCAAAGGAAAAUGAUCUGCCAGAUGCCAUAUCCAGAGCCCUUGACAACAUUGGCAGAGUUUAUGCCAGAAUCGGCAAAUUCCAGGAGGCCAUUGACACAUGGGAGGAAAAGAUCCCAAUGGCAAAAACCAGCCUGGAAAAGACGUGGUUAUUCCAUGAAAUUGGCCGGUGUUACCUGGAGCUAAAUCAAGCAACAGAAGCCCUGGAGUAUGGUGAAAAAUCCUUGCAGUCAGCAGAGGAGGAAGGCGAUGUUGAAUGGCAGCUCAAUGCUAGCGUGCUGGUUGCACAAGCACAAGUGAAACUUGAAGAUUACCAGUCUGCGGUUAUGAACUUUGAAAAAGCUCUUGAGAAGGCAAAGCUCGUUCAUAAUGAUGCAGCUCAGCAGGCCAUCAUCAUUGCUCUAGAUGAUGCAAACAAAGACUUCAUUGAAGCACUGACAAUAGAAAAGGAGAGAAGAGAUUCUUUCAAAGAUUUUGGCUACGUAAGCGAAUAUUUCUUUGAGAAGAUAAAGAGCAGACAUAACAUGGAGCAAGAGAAUGACAAACAAGAGGAAAGAGAACAAGAGAAUGAGAGAAAUGAAAAAGAGAAAGACAAGAAUGAGAGACAUCAGGACUCUGAUAGGGAGUCAGACAUUGGCUGA